AUGCGUGUGGUGCAAGUUCGGUGUAAAAGAGCACAUCAGAUAGAUCAUGAGUUCACAGUUAGUCCUGGUAUCUUCCUCUUGACUUUCGCCAUUCAUAUGCACGCAUUCGCAGUAUGGGAAUCCUACUGGAACGUAUGGGCUCGACUAGGAGCAGUUUUCCUACUAGAUGUGCCAAGUCUGCUGCGACCUCUUCCGGCAACAAACGAACUAGGGCCUUAUCCUCUAAAUGCUCCAGAAAGGGCAUUUGUGUUGGUACUGCUCUUGCUGCUCGCGCUAGUGGCAGCUAUAGCCUGGCCUAGAGCUGUGUAUGCUCAAGAGCUGUACGAGAGACAGCAAGAAUUGGAAAAUAUAAAAAAAGAGCAGGAAUUUCGGAGGCUUCGCCGCGAAUCCCAAGCUCGUCCAUCUGUUACAGCCAUGCUUACUUACUCUAUGCGUCCUACACCCGCGUCAUUUCAAAAAACCUGUAAAACGCGUGUUCACAAAUUAUGGAAUCGGUGCGUUAAAGUCUUCUACUUUUUUUUGGGGAGAGUGACUAGGCUGAGGGCUGCAAUAACUCUGUUUCUUCUACCUGCCUGUCUGGCUGUAGAAGUUCCGCUGAUCUUUUGCACUGAUCAAGCUGACGUAUGCGCAUCACCAGGAUUAUUGCUCAUUAGGAUUGUCUGCUUCGUAGGAGUGGUGGGUUUGCUACUACGAGCUGUGUGUGUGCUGCAUGGGGAUAUGAGGGAGGCCACAGUCUCGGGGCAAGGGAAGGGGCAGGAGGAGUAUCUCAGGCAGAGGGAAAUCGAAUAUUUGCUGUUUUUGAAUAAUGACUGGAUGGAUAGUAAAGUUUGGCUUGUCUCUUCAUUUAAAGGGGGAUUCCUACGGAGCUAUUGCAGGAUUUGGCUACUAGUUCUAAAAGCAGCACUCAUUGUUUCUUCGGGUCUUUUGGGUCAGCAGAAGUCCCGUCCUCCAACAGGCCUUGGGUGGCUUGCCGGUCUGGGGUCCGCUAGUGAUGCGAUAUCAGCGGUGCAGGCGGCAAAAGGCACUCUUGGAAAGGCAAUAGCGGCAGAGCCGCUAGGAGAGGGAGCGAGAACGGCAGUUGCUGCAGGGCUAGUGCUGUUUUUCUGCAUCUUUGCCAUUAUUCUUCCGCCUUUCAGGUGCCGCAGUAGCAACUGCAUCCACGUAAUUUUGUUUUUACAUUUUGGAGGUGUCAGUGGCAUCGGGCUAGCAGCAGCAGGAGCGGAAGCUUCAAGAAGCUCCUUUCUACUGUACUCCAAUCAGCACUUGCUUCUUGCACUAGUUCACCUCUGUACGUUGUGUCUCCUGUUGGCUACUACUGUAUACUGCUGGAUUUGCUGUUUCCUACCCACAGAAAGCCUUGUGUUGAAUCGUUAUGAGGUGGCAAUGGGCUAUGUCAACUCAAGGAACAGCAGCAAGAGCGCAGCAGACAGUGAAGGAACAUGUAGGUCCUUCAUUCACAAUGUAUAUCUAGUAACGCAUCUCUGGCGCCGCCGGUGUAUCUUAUACAGGAGCAACACUUACGACUCUUGGAGCAGCAGCAGCAGCAUUCCCGAACUAGGCGUGGCAGAAAUCAAUGAAAACAACUACGGCCUGCAACCGUUCGAGGCACCUUGGCCCACCAGGCAUCAGCAUGCGCGCUUCUGGAUACGAAUAGCACCCAUGCUGGUUGAGCAACUCGCUGCAUCAAGCGUCCUUGUGCAGCGGUAUGCGGUUACAAAAAAACAGUUGCUCCCGGUACACUUGGCAAACGCUGGAUUAAAUGAAUUAGAAAGGCUUAUAAUACAGCACGUUGGAGUAGUUGAGGCCAAGCACACAAGGAUAUCCAAAACUCAGAAAAACACAAAAUCUACAGACUAUCAGCAGCAGGCAUUAGAACGACUGCUACUGGAGCUCUCAUUGGGUUCGCCACCCACAGCUGAAGCAGCCUCUGUGCCCGGAUGUAAAUUUAGCUCAUGGAAUAAGACGCACGAAAUGGAGGACAGAAAUAUAUCUGAAUGCUAUCGCUAUGAUGAGGGGCUUGUGUUCAAGCAGCAUAAACAUGAAAGCGAAGAGAUCCUAGAGACUGAUGAGGGUGCAGGAGCUGCUGCUGCUGUUGCAUUGCCACAAGCGUUGGCAUUUAAACACUUGGAACGAGCAGCCCAUCUCUCCAAAGAGUUCUCUAAAAUAAAUUUGAGAGACCUCCAAGAUUUGCAAACUAUCAUCAAAGCCGUUCAGUGGACAGUCACUGAGGUGUUUGAAAAAAUGUCAGCUAUACAUGCUGCUGCGUUGGCGGAGUCCAUCUGGCAGGGCGGUGAGCCACCAUCCCCCGAAACGCAGAAGCUCUUGCACGACUUUGCAAUUCAUCUGAAGAGAAGGAAGCGUCAGAUGGCCUUGGUGCAACCUCUGAGGGAGCGGAUUCUAUUAAAGCUCCUGGCCAUAAGAUUCCUUACUGACACUCCCCAUCAGAGAGAAAAAAAUAGAAACGAAAGGAAGGAGCAGAUGGAUAAGCUAUUUGGGGAAGAAAGCAGCGUCUUACUUUUUUCCUGUCCAGAGAAACAAUAA